CCAAAGACGACUAUCCAAUUCAUCCCUAAAGGAAAGGCUUCAUCCUGUCCCUUAGUUACCCUCGUAAAAUAGCCCAGAAGAUAGUAUCAAAUCGAGGGGGUCCGAAAUAUGCAAAAUACAACCAUAAAUGGAUUAUUAAUAUCCCAGCCCUAUGCCGUAGGGUGGCAUCGUGCUUCACAAAUGCGGCACAGACUGCGCCGCACAAAUCUAGAGGCUUAUGAAGAUCCAAUUCCACCUAAUCCAACAACUAUGCAGCCUUCCUUGAACAAAAACAAAACGACGUUAGCAUCCUGAUUUGCCACGUUGAAAGAGAUACUGGAUCCCCAUCAGGAAGAGCGGACGAUUAUGUCUGGAUUGUCAUCGCGUCGAUCCGCCUGUGACCGGUGUAAGGGUCAAAAGCUGAGAUGCCUGAGGGACCCGGGACAAGAGCGCUGCUAUCGAUGUACACGAGCAAAUGCUGAGUGUCUUACUACCCCAACCUUACGCUUUCGUAACGUUUCGGCGGACGGUACCGGGAGUGGGUCACGCAAGCGGGCACGACACGACGGCGAGCAGCACCCUCACCUAUUUCCUAAUGCCGACCAAGGAUUCAACGAUUCUCUCUCUACUUACACCACUGGAAAUCCUGGUCAUGCGCCAAGUCAAGGAAUCUUCUCUCCCGAGGUAGCCGGAUUAUGGGACCCUUCCAUGUAUGGAUUGAUGUCCAGCGAUGCACUUGAUGGGAAUUUCUCAUUCUUUGACGCCGCAGCGAAUAAGGUCGACAAGGUUAGAGAUGACCGUCCUAGAGUCGUGGCCAACUCGCCUACGUCUCAACCUCAACAGUCACCAGAAAGCACGUCACGUUCACAAUGUUAUGGGAACCAUUGGGAUAAUGUCGUGCCAUUCUCUGCAGACGGCGUCAUCGUUACCCAAGAUCAAGAUGACCAAGUCGGCAACGCGAUUCCGGGAGAAGUUCAUAUACAACGGCUUUCUAAGAUCAACCUAAAUCUAGCUAGGAUCUUAGGUCGUGUCGGCCAGGGGUCUCCUGCAGUGUCUCUCAAAACCCUCGUUUCACCGUUGAACGACUAUUCCUCGACCCCAAUUCACAAUAUAACGGACGGGACACGUGAGUAUAUAGACAUUCUCCGUGCCCUUUCAGGUGCGACCCGGCGACCAGCGACCUCUUCAUCAUCCGAGGGACCCUCUUCAAGAUCUCAGGGAUCGGAAUUCAACGGGAAUGGAAAUAUCUUAUCAAAAUCAGGAGAAUCCUUCCAGAGUCACCCAGCAUAUAGCUUAACACUAGCCAACCCUUCCGCUACAUUCACGUCAUCUAACGAGCCUACAAUCCUGGAUGCUACAACGCUACUGCUCAUUCUUACUUCCUAUAUACACGUCACGCGACUCUUCUUAAUCAUCUUCGCACAUACAUAUGAAUGUCUUAGAGAGAUUUCUAAAAGUGAAAAGCCGUCUUUAUGCGCUCUGCCCGGAGUUGACUUCGGCGACAUCCCCCUACGCUCUGGCAACCUUCAAGCUACGAUGUUUAUUGAAAUUGUCAACAAUCUAUUCGAGAGGAUGGAAAGUCUACUUGGAAUACCCCGGCAAUUCCGAGUUAGUACACGCGGAUCCGACGGUAGCGGUUUGCUGAGUGAUGAGGAAGUGAAUGGAACCCUCAAGAUGAUGAUCUUAAAGGAGGAACUCGUGUAUCAACCCCAAUACGGGAAAGGGGGCGCUAAGGCACUGCGUAUGUUUCUCGGCAUGACGGAGCAGCUCUUGCGCGAGAAAAUCACUCCCUGAGUUUUGACACGAAAGGCGCGACACGAAAGGCAUGCGACGAUGUACUAUUAUAGAAGAUAUCCUAUGGUUUGGUCGGUACGGCGUAAUGGCCCUGGAGGCUUUCAUUAAUAGGCCCACAUUUAUCAUGGAAUUAGCCUUGGAUUUCAAAUCACGAACGACAGGUACAAUAGACUAUUCGAUCAUUCAUAUCGUUUAUACUUACUAAUUAU